UUGUUGCAAAACUAAAUCACUUAAGACAAGUUGAAGAAUGCCUGCCUAUACAGGUAGGGAAGGUGCUUCUUAAAAACUUCGACAGAUGCUGCGGCUCUCAGAUCCUGUGGGAGGGCGUUCCACAAUCUGGGCGCAAUGGACUCAAAGGCCCGGUCACCUCUAGUUCUGAGCCUAGUGUGAGGAACUGCCAACAGGCCACGAUCGGCCGACCUAAGUGUCCUACUAGGAACAUAUACAUGCAGCAGGUCAGACAGAUACUCAGGUGCCUGACCAUGAAGGGCUCUAUAUGUUAAAACAAGGAUUUUGAACUGGAUCCUAAAGCUGACAGGAAGCCAGUGUAGGGAGGCCAGGACAGGAGUAAUGUGGCAGUUUUUGGGUGAUUUGGUGAACAGCCUGGCAGCGGCAUUCUGCACCAGCUGAAGACGAUCUACAGAAAUUUUACUGAGACACAUGAAAAGAGAGUUGCAGUAAUCCAGACGUGAUGACACAAAGGCAUGAAUGAUCAUUUCCAGUUCAGCAUGUGAUACAACAGAUCUCAGUUUUGCAGUGUUUAUAAGGUGGAAAAAGCAUGUACGGGUCAACACAUGGAUGUGUUUAUCAAAGUGCAUGGCCUGGUCAAAAAUAACUCUGAGAUUUCUCAGGUUAGAGCGGAUAUUUGAAUUCAGGGACCCAAUACAGCUCGCCACCCUAGAAGCAGUACAGUCAGGAGCGACAAUAAGGACCUCGGUCUUUGCAGCGUUAAGCUGGAGGAAACUGUUGACCAUCCAGUCAUUAAUUGCAGACAAACAGUCAUGCAGUACAUUCAGACAUUCGGUCCUGUCAGGAUUAAAGGAAAAAUACAGCUGAAUAUCAUCUGCGUACAUAUGAUAUGAUACACCCUCAAACCUGCUGAUAAUGAUUCCAAGAGGAAGCAUAUACAGAGCAAACAAAUUGGACCCAAAUUCAAUCUUUUCACUCUGUUGUCAUAUACAUACACACACACACACACACACCCCAAAUACACACACAUGCACAAACAGGACCUAUACAUGCACUUGAACCAGUGACCCUCCGCCUCCCAAGCCAAGUCUCUAUGGACUGAGCUACUGCUGCCCAAACUGACGCUAGGAUCGAUCUUCAAAAUGAAAAUGUUGCAUUGAGAGUAUCGAUCUGUCCCCCUACUGUAGACAGCUGUGGUCUGUGAGGACAUUAAAUACAUCAUGACACGUGGACGGAGAAUUCUUUUCACUUCAUGUACUAUUCAUUAGCAAUUUGUUCCGUUCCAUCAUUUGUUAAAAGUCUUUGUUUCCUCCUACAGUCAUACCUCGCUCGAACUACACCACGCUGCCUCCAUGAGCUCCAGUUGUUCUGCUCCGUUUAAUCUGCAUCUCUAUGCUUUCAGAAAACUUGCACAAAUAGAGAUGAAAUGAACGCAGAGUGCAGACAGAAGGCUCCGUCCGUCUUUGUCUCCAUAUGUAACGCUGAGCAUUAAUUAGCCCUAUGGAUACUGAUGAACCGUCGGCAGUGAAAUACGACUGUAGGAGACAAUGAAGAGAUUUAAACAAUGGUGGAAAAGAACAAAUCAGAAAAAAAAUAAAUUCUCCCUCUACGUGUUAGUAUAUAUUUAAUGACCUCACAGACCUACAACGCCGCCUCUGUUUAAAUGUAAAACAUUACGACCUGUUGACUCCGCCCUCUAGUGCCAUCUAUUGACUGUAUCUAUGAUAUCAUGAAGGACACAUGGCAGUCUGAGGGCAGCGACAUUUACAACGUUUGAAACGGACAGAUCUGUUUUCAUAUGUUAAGCAAGUAUGAAUGAAUCUUAAGCUGCUUCAGGACGGAGUUGUGAUAUUUGAUCAGAUCCUUAAAGCUUCGGAUCUCUGAGUCUUUAAUCGUGUUUAAAAGCAGGUGUGUUUUUGUUCUUCCAGCAGAACUGUGGGCUGUUUUCUUUUGGAAAUACAUUCUUGUGUCAGUCUCACAAACUGUUGGCAAGCUGGUUUGUGCACAAAGCAUGAAGACAACACACAUUCUGUAAACACGUCGAAAGAAAGGUCGAAUGAUGUCAACAUUAUCCCACGUCUUCAUCAGGAAAAGGCUUGAUUCAGAAUAUGUAAACAGAAGAUGCUGCUGACAUGACCACGUGUACCUGCUGCAGAGCUCCAACCGGCAGAGGUUAAUGUGUAAACUCAGGGCGAAGAUGUCCAAAGGAACAUUGUCCCCUGAUAAGCAGGCUGGACUGCUGAGUCACUGGACACACAAGUGGACACUCUCAGUGACCUGCAGAUCCCAGCCAUGUCUCUGGAAUAGUUCUGACAAAGCAGGUCUUUGAGUCCUCUUGUGGAUUUUAUCGCCAUCAUCAAGACAGAGAUUAAACCUUCAUUCAACAUUCCAGAGUUCUGACCCGUGUGGUCCACGUGUGGAGGAUGUUUUAAUGUCUCUGGACAGAGAAGGACUGUUCUGACAAGUUCUGGACCUGAAACUUUGUGAAGGAGAAAUUUCUUAAGACUUUAAAUCAGCUGAGCUGAAAAUGGACAGCGUGUCAUCUGGUGACCAGCUUCUCCAUGUGGACCUCCUCAUUGAUGAGCAGGAACCUCGGAGAGGAAUCCUGGAGCUCCUCAGCCGACUCCGUCCUCACUGGAAGGCACAGGACAUUCAGAUGAAGACAUUCACAGAGGGCAUCACCAACCAGCUGAUCGGCUGCUACGUGGCGCCUCUGCAGGAGCCCGGCUGCGUUCUGGUGCGACUGUACGGCAGAAUGACGGAGCUCUACGUCAACAGGGACCGGGAGGUGGAGAUGUUCCAGGUCCUCCACGCCCACGGGUGUGGUCCCCAGAUCUACUGCAGCUUCCAGAACGGCAUCUGCUACGAGUUUGUGAGAGGGACGGUCCUGGACGAUGAUCUGCUGCGGCAGCCGUCCAUCUACAGAUUGAUCGCAGCAGAGAUGGGGAGAAUCCACUCCAUCCAGCCAAAGUGUGGUCGAACUGUUGAACCUUUUCUCUGGACCAAAAUGUCUCACUUUCUCACACUGGUGAAGAACAGCAGUGGCGGCGGCGGCGGCGGCCUGGCUGAGCAGCGCUGCACAAACAGUGACAGCGGUGGUUUCACCUCCUCCAGUCCGCUUUUCAGCUUUGAGACUUUGUCGGCUGAGAUGGAGUCACUGAAGAGACACCUCUCACAGAUCGACUCGCCGACCGUCCUCUGCCACAACGACCUCCUCACAAAGAACAUCAUCUACAACCACACAGAAGGAACGGUGAAAUUCAUUGACUACGAGUACGCCGAUUACAACUACCAGGCCUUCGAUAUUGGCAAUCACUUCAAUGAAUUUGCAGGUGUGAACGACGUGAACUACAGCCUGUACCCGAGCCGGGAGCUGCAGCGGGACUGGCUGACGGCCUAUCUGGAGAGUUACAAGCAGAGCUCAGGACAUGAGGUCACUGUGACAGAGGCAGAAGUUACGCAGCUCUACAUUCAAGUCUGCAAAUUCUCACUGGCCUCCAACUUCUUCUGGGGUCUUUGGGCCAUCCUGCAGUCACGCUUCUCCUCCAUUGACUUUGACUUCCAAAGAUACGCCACGGCACGACUCAACUUCUACUUUGAGAAGAAAGAGGAAUAUUUUGGAUUGACUAUAAUCUAGAAACAGAGGACCAAGGACCGGCAUUUUUUAAAUCAGACGCAGCGUCACUGCUCUGUGAGACCAAGAAGAAGUGGCAAACAUCAUAUAAUACUCCUGUACAGUGGAAACAAAGGCACAGACCGAGCGUAUACAUGUUCUCCCCCCUGUGUGUUAUUCCAGGCUGUAGUGUGAGAUGAUAUGUUUUGCUAUCUCUGUGAUUUUUAGAAUAUUUGUUUGACCACAGUCAGUAUGCCGAUAAGCCUUUUUGGCAAAUUGAGCCAAAGCUGGUGCCAGAAACACAUUAAUUGUUCCCACAUUUAGCCGAGUCGCAUGUAGCCACAAAAACUGAGCCUGAUCAUAAAACCCAUAAGAGGCUUAUUUGCAUGCUUAUUCAGUGUGCACCGCAGCUCUGAUGGAAAACAACUUUCCAGUUCAACUUAUUUACUGGACCCAGCAGUGCAUUAUUUUAACUGGCUCUCUGUCCUCUACACUAUUGCUGUAAAACCUGACAGGAUGUUCUCACACUAAAUCUCAAUUUUUGUUGACUUAUUUAAGUGUUUAAAACAGUAUCUGAUUCUGAAUGAGCUCUGUGCAGUUAAUAUAUGAAUCAUAUCACAAAUCAGUCUGUAUUGUAGCAGCUAUAGUGAAAUACUCAGCAUCAGACAUUUGUUAGAAAUAUUCACUGUAAAAAUCAUCUGUGCUCAGUGACUGACUCAAAGUGCUGUUACCUGACGUUAACAGAACAAACUCUGCAGCAGCUUAUUGAAUUAAUAACAGGUGGGUUUGAUGAGCUGGUGCUACUGAACUAAAACACUGUUAUUAAUGAUUUUAUUCCAAAUUAAACUCAUACAUGAAUUCAAUGAGCUGCAACUGGUUUCUGUUAAUGACAAGUUUCCUCUGGCUCUCCUACAUCAUAUACAUACGUGAAUCUGUUUAAACAAUAUAUUUAUUAUUCAUAACUUAUAGCCGACAACUGUAAAACCUUUUCACACAGAGAUGGCGCUAUAGAGCUGCUGAGAAGUCCCUUCUUUGUGCCUCCUUUGUAUUUUUACACAGAACCAAACGAUGGCGGCAUCAUGUGGCUCCAGUGUGUGAUUUGAUACAGCGUGAUGACAUCACAGAAUCAGAAGGGGUGUGAGGUGUAACUAUCCAGUGUGUGAAGGCACCAGGUGAAAUCAAAGAGUCUCCAGUCAGUGACCGUCUGAGAACUGACAGCAGGAGAGACAUGUUGGCAUCCAAAACAACUUGUUCUCCAAUGCCAAGUUAUGUUUCAGGAAGCAGACUCUGUGUUUUCUGAUGCCAUUGAUGUUUGAUUUUGGUAACAAACCAUGAGUGGGUAUAUUUUGUCUCCUCUCCAAAACCAGAGGUCAGAAUGUGACCUGUCAGUCAGCCAAGUCUUCUUCAUCUCAAACAUUAAUCUGUCUGAUCAUGAACUGUAAGAAAUGAGUGUUUUUCUUUGAUUAUAAGUCACAAAUAAAACAAUAUCAGAGA